AUGGCACUGGUACUGGCACUGGCGACCACCAUAGUGACGCGAUCUAGCUGGUAUGGGUUUCCCGGACUGUCAUCGGGGAUCUGGCAGCGCAAUGCCGCCCCAUCCUGGCAAUGUUUCGACGUCCCUGGCUUCAAGCGCCAUGGUGGUUGGAUACCGCAUUUCCAAUAUCGAUGCGCUGGUCGGGUUGUGUUGGUCGUCUCUCUGCUCGACCAUGGUGUGAGGACAAUGGAUGUUCAUGUUGCUAGCUGGGCAAGAGGCUGA